ACGUUGUUAUACUCGACGUUCCUCUUGUUGAACUCAAUUUUGACUUAGAUUCUUUACCUUAAAAAUCUUCCAAUUGUAAGCAAAUAUGGUCGACACGAACGCAGUUACACUGACUCGCUUCGUGCUCAGUGAACAGCGAAAGGUCGAAGGUGCUACAGGAGACUUGACUCAGCUACUGAAUGCAAUCAUGACUGCAGUUAAGGCUACUUCAUCCGCUGUCAGGAAAGCUGGAAUCGCAAGACUAUAUGGAAUUGCUGGAGAUACCAACGUCUCAGGAGAUGCCCAGCAGAAGUUAGACGUGAUGGCUAAUGAAUUGUUCAUAAAUAUGUUAAAAUCUUCUUAUACGACAUGCCUACUUGUAUCAGAGGAGAAUGAGACAGUCAUUGAAGUAGAGACUGAGAAACAAGGCAAAUAUGUAGUGUGGUUUGACCCUCUAGAUGGCUCAUCAAAUAUCGACUGUCUUGCAUCUAUUGGGAGUAUCUUUGGAAUAGCUAAAAAGCUCUCAGAUAAUGGCCCUCCCUCACAGAAAGAUGGUCUACAACCAGGCAAAAAUAUGGUGGCUGCUGGCUAUGCUUUGUUUGGUAGUGCGACUGUUGUUGUCCUGUCUACAGGUCAUGGAGUGAACUGCUUUACAUUGGAUCCCUCAAUUGGAGAGUUUGUAUUGACAAAUCCAAACAUCAAAAUGAAGCCUAGAGGCAAGCUUAUCUACAGCGUCAAUGAAGGCAAUCAAGCCUACUUCUUUGAACCAAUGAAAAAAUACCUAGAAAUGAUCAAAAACCCUACAGAUUCAAGAGGGCCGUAUGCAUCUCGUUAUGUUGGUUCUAUGGUGUCAGACUUGCAUAGAACCCUUGUGUAUGGUGGAAUCUUUAUGUACCCUCCCAAUACCAAGAGUCCCAAAGGAAAGCUUCGUCUGUUAUAUGAAUGUAAUCCAAUGGCUUACAUCAUCACCCAAGCUGGCGGCAUGGCCACCGAUGGCAUACAGAACAUCCUAGAUAUUAUUCCCACAUCUCUUCAUCAGAGAUCACCAAUUUUCAUUGGAUCCUCUGAGGAUGUCAAGGACUACUUAAAAUGUGUAGAGGAGUGUAACAAGGAACAAAAAUAAUUUUUUGGGGGACAUUAGGAAUUGAUUGUUUUUGUUAAUAGGGAUUUAAUUUUGUAAACUGUACAGCACUCGUUUUUGAAGCCCAGCCAAAAAUGAAAUUUCUAAAGAAUUCAUAGUACCAGUCAGUAUAUUUAUAAAAAUAUAACUUGCCCCCAUUUUCAUAAACAUGUGAACUCUGUGUUUCCAAGAUGCACGCUGAAAUUUGUUUUUUCAAUGCCACCAGUUAAAAAAUAUGAAAGGUACGGAGUGAUAAGGUAUGUUUUAAUUGACAGCAUCGAAAAAAAAAUUUCAGCAUGCGCCAGCUCGCAGCUACAUGUACCGAGUUCGCAUGUUUAUGAAAAUGGUGGUAGAGGCAGUAAUAUUCUUUGUGGCCAGCCAACAAGUGUAGAGUUGCUCAACAACCAGCCAACUGGGACAUGUCAACCUGCUAGUAUUAAAGGACACAAUUACUGACUAAAGCUUAAACUUCUUAGUAAUGAAUUGUAGGGUAGUAAAUGAAUAAAAAAUUAUUUUAUAUCA